UGGGAAGAUGGCGGCUCCCAGCCUCCUCAACUGGAGGCGGGUUUCCUCCUUCACGGGGCCGGUCCCCCGCGCCCGGCACGGACACCGAGCGGUGGCCAUCCGGGAGCUGAUGAUCAUCUUUGGAGGGGGCAACGAGGGCAUCGCGGACGAGCUGCACGUCUACAACACGGUCACAAAUCAGUGGUUCCUACCAGCUGUUAGAGGAGACAUCCCUCCAGGCUGUGCUGCCCAUGGAUUUGUCUGUGAUGGUACCAGAAUAUUAGUAUUUGGGGGAAUGGUUGAAUAUGGAAGAUACAGCAAUGAGUUAUAUGAGUUACAAGCAAGUCGUUGGCUAUGGAAAAAAGUGAAACCCCAACCCCCUACUUCUGGUUUACCUCCUUGUCCUCGGUUGGGACAUAGCUUCUCUUUAUAUGGUAACAAAUGCUAUUUGUUUGGUGGCUUGGCAAAUGAAAGUGAAGAUUCAAACAAUAAUGUCCCCAGAUAUUUAAAUGAUUUCUAUGAAUUGGAGCUACAGCAUGGUUCUGGUGUUGUGGGUUGGAGCAUUCCAGUGACUAAAGGGAUUGUACCUUCUCCAAGAGAAUCCCACACAGCUGUUAUAUAUUGCAAAAGAGAUUCUGGAAGUCCUAAAAUGUAUGUUUUUGGUGGAAUGUGUGGUGCUCGCCUGGAUGACCUAUGGCAGCUUGACUUAGAAACUAUGUCAUGGUCAAAACCAGAAACUAAAGGGACAGUGCCACUUCCACGAAGCCUUCAUACAGCCAGUGUUAUAGGAAAUAAGAUGUACAUCUUUGGUGGAUGGGUUCCACAUAAGGGGGAAAAUAUCGAGACUUCACCUCAUGAUUGUGAAUGGAGAUGUACCAGUUCAUUUUCUUACCUAAAUCUUGACACAGCAGAAUGGACCACCCUAGUAUCAGAUUCUCAGGAAGAUAAAAAAAAUUCAAGACCAAGACCAAGAGCUGGACACUGUGCUGUUGCAAUUGGCACUCGAUUGUAUUUUUGGAGUGGAAGAGAUGGCUACAAAAAAGCACUGAAUAGCCAAGUUUGCUGCAAGGAUCUUUGGUAUCUUGAUACUGAGAAGCCACCGGCACCAUCACAAGUGCAACUGAUUAAAGCCACUACCAACUCUUUUCAUGUCAAAUGGGAUGAAGUGCCUACAGUUGAGGGCUAUCUUUUGCAAUUGAAUACAGACUUGCCAUACCAAGCUGCAUCAUCAGAUUCUUCAGCGUCACCAAACAUGCAAGGAGUCAGGAUGGACCCUCACAGACAAGGCAGUAAUAGCAUCGUUCCCAACAGUAUCAGUGAUACAAUGAACAGUGCAAAAUCUGAACAUACAGCUAUGAAAGGAACUUCAGUGAAAAACAAACCAGAUCUUAACGCCACUUUACAUUCAUCUUUGGCAACUAAUGCUUCUAAUCAUAAUAGUUGUGUGGUGGAUAUGCUAAGGAAAAAUGAAGGUCCUCACACUUCAGCAAAUAUAGGUGUUCUAAGUAGUUGCCUGGACUUAAGAACAGUAACCCCUGAAACUUCUGUAUCCAGUACUGUUUCCAGCGCACAAACUAUGGUAACCCAGCAGACCAUUAAAACUGAAUCAUCCAGUACAAAUGGGGCAGUUGUUAAAGAUGAAACUUCACUAACAACAUUCAGUACCAAAUCUGAAGUUGAUGAAACAUGUGCACUACCUGCAACUAAGAUCAGCCGUGUAGAGGCACAUGCUGCAGCAAUGCCAUUCUCUAAAGAGACUCCUUCAAAUCCAGUGGCCACAAUGAAAGCAGGAGAACGACAGUGGUGUGAUGUAGGAAUUUUUAAAAAUAACACAGCUUUGGUGAGCCAAUUUUAUUUGCUGCCAAAAGGGAAGCAAAGCAUCUCAAAGAUAGGAAAUGCAGACGUACCCGACUACAGUUUACUUAAGAAACAAGAUCUUGUUCCAGGCACAGGAUACAGAUUCCGGGUUGCUGCCAUCAAUGGUUGUGGAAUAGGCCCCUUCAGCAAAAUCAGUGAAUUUAAAACUUGUAUUCCCGGUUUUCCUGGAGCUCCUUCUGCAGUCAGAAUUUCAAAGAAUGUUGAAGGUAUCCAUCUUUCCUGGGAACCUCCAACUUCACCUUCUGGAAAUAUUUUGGAAUAUUCAGCCUACUUGGCUAUCCGCACAGCACAAAUACAAGAUAAUCCAAGUCAACUUGUGUUUAUGAGGAUUUAUUGUGGCCUAAAGACAUCAUGUGUAGUAACUGCUGGGCAACUUGCAAAUGCACAUAUUGAUUAUACAUCCAGGCCUGCCAUUGUGUUCAGGAUAUCAGCGAAGAAUGAAAAGGGAUAUGGACCAGCUACACAAGUUCGAUGGCUUCAAGCAGCCGGUCUUAUGUCCUACUACUCCAUCAAAAUGGCUCUAGCAAAGGUCAGAGAUAACGUCUCAUUUCCCAAAUCCAGUGAAUUCUUUCAUUGUACUUAAUCUUGUCAUUUGAAACUUUAACCACUCCCCUGACACUUUCCCAUGUUUUUAGUUUCUGUUAGACUGUGCUCUCUGUCUUUUUAUGCACCUCCUUCUGUCUGCAGUCCCCUUUUCCACUCCCAUCUUGUCUCCAUUCGUAUUUUCAAGAUUCAUGUAAAUGUUGCCAACCUGAUGAAGCCUUUCCUGACAUACUUCAUUUCUGGGUAGACUUGACGCAUUUUUCUUGUGCCCCCACUGCCCUUAGUUCAGUCUUCUGUCAUAGCAGCUAUGCCUAAAAGAUGUGUGCCCUUAUUUAUUAGCCUUGUUCUUCUCCCCGUGCCAGAUGGUAGGUCUUUAAGGCAGGGGUCUUAAAGACUGGGUCCUUAUCUCUCUUCCAUAUCAACCAUUUGGCUGGUACUUAAGUAUUUUAACAAAUGAUUAAAGAAAAUUGUCACCUCUACAUCUCUCUUUGAAAGGAAAAGAGAUUUUAGCAGAUUUCAUAAGCCUCUGGGGGAAAUACAAGCUCCUCCUUGGUCUUACCCUCCCCUGCUGUUACAUAGGUUCCUAAGAGAAGUCCUGGGAUAAGUAAGAGAUAUGUCACAUAUUUACUAGGCUAAAGGGGAUUUAAUGUGGGUGUGUAUAGGUCUCUCGAGAGGAAUUCUUUUGAUCUAAAAAGAUCUGAGCAUUUAGUGAGAUAGGUGGGCAUUGCUGAAUAAUGAUUUUUAACUUUAGAAAUAUUCUUAGCUCAUUUUCCUGAUCAUCCAAAGUCAGUCUCUCUGAUUUUCAUAUAGGAAAGCCAUGGACAAUUGUCUAACUUUAGAAGAAGCUACCUACCUAUUUAAUAUGUAAGCACAGGGAGCUGCUGGAGGACACAGAACACCAGCAUUGGAACCACACUGGAGUCUGUCAGGUCACUGUUGUCACCUCUAAGCUUAUAGGACAAAGGAUUCUUACACUACUGAAAAACAGGGUAACGUUGGCACACUUUCCUUCCAAGUUUCCCAAUUAUAGUUGGGAGUCCUUAUACUUACAUAUUUCUGUAACUCAGAAAAAGGCUCUUUAAAAAUCAUGCCUGGAAAAACAUGAACUGACAUUCUGGAGAGAAACAAUUCUAUAAAUUGAAUGAUGAAAGAAAAAGCUAUACCAGCCUCCUUAUUCAAAACAGAUUUCUUUACCUUCUAUUUCUGUAUCUGUAUAAGGUAGCAGCUAGUGUUUGUUUUUGAACAUAGACUAACUUUGUCCACUAGUAAGUCAUGGUCCAACAAAUGUGUAGUUCUGUCCAUUCCUCCUCCUCUCUGAAAAGAUAGAGCGGAAGUUCCCUCCAAGCUUAAGAAAAGUUCUCUCCCUAUUUCUCUGUUUCUUAUGGGAGAAGGUGGACAGAGCUACAAGUAUAAGUAUAUGCGAUGUAACAAAGGUGUGGGUGUGCCACUUAAGGCAGCACAGCCUGUAAGAGAGUGGGCAGGGCUCUGGUGGUCCAGCCAACUGCUUGAUCUGAAAUCAUCCUGCUGCCAGUUGUGGUUUAGCACCUCCUGGUGGCAUUGUCCAUUCCAGCUUACAUAUGGGUAAGAUUUUGGGUCUUGUAGCAAGCAGCCUAGGAUUUUAAAGAUAGGAUAGUGAUUUCUGGAACUUUCUGAAUGUUUGGAACCCACUUGAGGAGAUUGGACCUGAAGGACGCACUGUCUACUCUCCAUUUCUUGGGAAUGUGUUGCCAGACAUUUGCUGCCAGGCCUAGGUUACCUCUUGCACCACCUUGCUAACCCAAGAUAGUAACUUUAGCCUGCCUUGUUGGAUACGAGGGAUGGAUCCAAUGAUUCAAGAUCCUUUUUUUUCUAAUUUCUAAGUUACAUACCACAAUGUAUAGCUAAUCCCCUGAAUCAGGUGAAAUUGCACUGUGACUGUGCCUUGUUUAAUUUGCAAAAUGGCACUGGUGGUGAUGACCCUGGCAAAGACAUGAUUGCAAAAUUGUUAUGACACUUGUGUCCAACCUGGGCACCUGUUAUUGACCAGCAUGGGGAAACAGUCAAUAGCCAUCAUGCACUUUCUGUAUUUUGGGUUGCUUAACACAUAAAUGCACUAUUAGGAGAAUGUGCCAAAGGGAAUUUGUACUUUUGAAAGUCAACAGAAUUCAGUAAAGAGGCAGUGUCUUUCUCAGUUUACUUUGGGCUUUGUAUCACCUAUCAUUUUAUUCUCCACUGUAUACAAAUAAUUAUAUCCAGUGAACAAAGUAACUAAUGAACCAGAAUCAUGCCAGUGGCUGAACCAAUUUGGCAGAGGAGUACUGUAACACUGCCACCUCGUUAGCUGCUGACUCUCUGGGAACCAAAUUAACUUCUGUGAAGAAUAGCCCUUAUUAAUUCCUUUUUUCAUAUUAGUAUGUACUUCUUCCCCACCAGUUACAAUAAUUGGCUGAUAUGUGAUUCAGGACAGUGGCUGAAAUAUCAGAUACUCCCUCUCUUUGUUGAUGAAAUUAUAUCACAUAACCUUAUAUCUUUUUUCUUUUAAAAUGUUUGUUGAGAAUAAAUAAAAUGAUCACACAUGUAUUCAGUCUUCAGCUUAAGAACUAGAAUACCCUCAGACGUGUAGAAUUCCCCCACUUUGUCUUCCCUCCACACAUACCACAUGAAGCAAACAUUAUUCUGGAUUUUUUUGGUAAUAAUUUCCAUGUUUUCAUUUAUGGCUCUGCCAUCUGUUAUGUAUCUCUAAUAAUAUAUUAUUUAGAUUUACCUGUUUUUGAACUUUUACGUAAGUAGUAUCAUGCUGUAUGUAUUCUUCUGUGACUUUUUUCUGACAUUGUUUUUGAGAUUCUUAUCCAUGUUUAUGCAUCUAAGUGUAUUUCCUUUGUUUGCACUUCUGUAUAGUAUUCCACUGUAUGACUAUACCACAAUUUAUUUAUCAGUUCCCCUGUUCAUGGAGAUUUGGAUUGUUUUCAGUUUUUUGGCUUUUCUGAAUGAUGCUGCUGUGAGCAUUCUGCCAAUUACAGUGUAAGCUCGGUGUGGGCAGGGAUUUCGUCUGUUUUGUCUGGUUUUGUCUGUUUAACACAUUCACAGUGUCUAGAACAGUGCUGGCACGUGGUAGAUAAUAAAUAUUUGAGGAAUGAGUGAAUUCUCCUGGUGCACAUGUGCAAGAGUGCUCUAGGGCAAUUGUGUUUAAAGUAUGGUCCAGGGACUCUUGAGGGUCCUUCAGACCCCUUCAGGGGAGUCUGAGGACAAAACCAUUUUCAUAAGAAUACUAAAACAUUGUCCUCUUCCCUCUCAUUUUUCACAUUUAAAUGUUUUCCAGAUAUAUGAUGACAUCAUCACUCUGACAGCUUAUCAAGUGUGUACCUGUGUAUUUUUGUUUCGAAAAGGUCUGUUUUGAUUUCUAAUAUGGUAAAUUUUGGUAAAUAUAACCUGCAUGAACAACAGCUGUUUCAAGUACUCAGUGAUUUUUAAGGAUGUAAAGAAAUCCUGGACCAAAAAUUUGAGAACUAAUGCUCUGAGAAGCAGGUUUUACUCAGUCACGCAGAACUAUUUUCUACAGCAUUUGUACCAAUUACACUCCCACUGGCAGUGGUUGAGUGUCAUUGCAAAAACAAUUAUAUCUCAGCACUUAAUCUUGACUAUCUUUUAUAUUUGCCAAUUGGAUGGUGAUUAUAUAGUAUUUUACUGUGGGUUUAAUUUGCAUUUCCCUGGUUACUAAUGAAAUUGAGUGGUUUUUUUUAUAUGAACAUGUUUCCUCUUAUGUGAAAUACCUAUUCAUGUCUUUUGCCCAUUUUUCUAUAUGGUGUGUCUUUUUUUCAUUGAUUCAUAUGAUCUCUUUAUAUAUUCUGGAUGCCAGUCCUUUGUCAGUUAAACAUGUUGUAUGUGUUUUCUCCCAGUUUGUGUAUUAUCUUUUGUAAUUGUAUUGAAUUUAUUGAUUAGCUUGGAGAAAAUUGAUAACUUUUCAAUAAUGAGUCUUCCCAUCCAAAAACAUUGUGUAUUUCUCCAUUUGGUUUUCUCUUAAUAUCUCUCAAUAAACUUUAACAAUUUU